AUGUUUGCCGAAUGGGUAACGCGCUGUCAUAUUAAACACAUUUUGGCCAUUGCAGAGCAUCCGGAGACCAAUGGAUUAGUGGGACGAGUUAAUCGUACAUUAACCCUUGCAUUAUGCGCCUUCGUCAACGCCGAACAUACGGACUGGGACUUACAUUUAGCAGCCGCAACGUACGCUAUUAAUACUGCCCGCCAAGCCACAACCGAGAUAACGCCGUUUGAAUUAGUGAAUGGUCGUCCAUCAGUCCUGGCCAUAGAGAAUCUCUUUCCUUGGCCAAAGAACGAACAAGAACCACAUGCCACUUAUUUGUCAUGCGUUUCGGAAUUGAGGUCGUCAGCUCGUUUGCGCAUUGUGGAAAAACAGCGGAAAAGCAAGGAAAGAACAGAUCGCGUUUCGGAAUUGAGGUCGUCAGCUCGUUUGCGCAUUGUGGAAAAACAGCGGAAAAGCAAGGAAAGAACCCGAGCUUCUCCAAGGUGA